AGUUUCUUUAAAGUUGUGUCCAAAGUUUGUACGUUCGAAAGCCCACACUUGAGAAUGUUGCGUUUUCUGGUUAUUGCCUGCUGUUUGGCCGCCCCUGCCUUUGGCUAUUCCACAGGAGCUCCCAGAGAAAUUUGCUCCAAUGGAUUGACUCCAGAACAUCAUGUGCCCGAACAGACCUCACCGGUGCCUUAUUUCUUUUCCGGUGACGAUUUGGUGAAAGGCGGCGAAAAGAUCACCAUCAAAAUGGGAGGAGAUGACUUUUUGGGUUUCGCUGUUCAAGUUCAUGAUGCUAAUAAGAAACCAAUUGGCACCUUCAAAGUGGUCGAACCAAAUAAAUCACAAACUUUGGCCUGCUCCAAUGCUGAUGACACCAUAACUCAUGUAAAGAUCAGUAAGAGUAGCAUCCCCAACAGCGUCCAAUUCCAAUGGGUAGCUCCUGCCAACUAUAAGGGUAAGGCCAGAUUUGUUGGCACUGUUGCCAAGGAUGGUGCCACCUAUUGGAUCAGCAAGGUCAUUAAGGAAAUUGAAGUCGAAUAAAUAAAUUUCUUCUUACCUUUUAAGUUAUAAAACCCCCCUUUAAAAAGUUUGCCUCUCUUUCGUUUAUGUUUAACAAUAAUUGUACUAUUUUUCUCUUACAAGUUAUGUGAUAUUUUUCAAAAUUCAAACUUAAAUUGUAAUAAAAAUUUCUAAAUAUAAAAAGAAA